AUUCCACUGCCCACCAUGCAGCAGAACCUGAAUUAUGUCUACCCCCAGAUCUUUUGGGUGGACAGCUGUGCCAGUCCCACUUGUGCUCCAUCGGCGCCCAUUGCCACCUGCCCGCCACCCGUGCCGGAGAGGAGGAGGAGAAAACAGAGCAACAAGAGGGAUGGCACAUGCCUCUGUUUCUUGGUGGUGUUUUUGCUGGUCCUGCUGGCCCUUGCUGGAGUGGGGCUGGGGAUGUUUCAGAUUGUCCAGCUGCAGAAGGAACUGGCUGAGCUCCGAGAGUUAACCAGCACUGGACAUGUUCCUUCGUCUAUGGAGAAGCGCAUAGGACUUCCGAAUGUAACAGCAGAGAAGAAGGUGAUCAGGAAGGCAGCACAUUUAACAGGCAAAGCUGAUCAGAAAACCCUUCCUCUGGAAUGGGUGGCCACCCUCGGGCAUGCCUUCACCUCCAAUAUUCAAUACAGACACCGCAGCCUGGUGAUCAAUGAAACAGGCCUAUACUUUGUGUACUCCAAGGUGUUCUUCCGAGGCAAGAUCUGCAACAACCUGCCCUUAGACCACAUGGUUUUCAAACAAAAUCCAGCCUACCCAGCUAGCCAGGUGCUGAUGGAGGACAGAAAGAUGAACUACUGUGCGGCUGGAAAGAUGUGGGCCAGGGGCAGCUACCUGGGGGCAUUGUUCAACCUCACCAAAUCAGACAGCUUGUAUGUCAACGUCUCCGAAACAGCUCUGGUUAAUUUUGAGGAAUCCAAGACAUUUUUUGGUUUAUAUAAACUUUAGAGCUGGCCACCAAAGCAUUGCUUUCAGCAAAUAUGCACUAGGACUGAUAUGAACAGGAGUUGGGUACUGUACGGUAUAAGAAAUAUUCUGUCCAUAGGACUAGUCUAAUACUGUGCUGGGCUAGCAAGGAUCUAGCUGGAAGAAACUCACCAAGCAUCCCUUGUUUGGCCUUUGACAUGUGACAGCCAAACUGACUUGGAAACGGAUCUCCAAGGAUUAAAACUUUCACCUUGUGAACUACUUGGAUCACCCUAGGAGAACCUUAAGUGUAGCUGAAAAAAUCUAGCAUGCCAAAGGCCUCCUUUAAACUCACUACUCACUCAAGGAGAGUGUUUACUACCUGAGAAGAAGCUGAUGCAUUGGGCUCAGUUCUGCUCUGUUACAUCUAUGAAAAUCCCAUUUGCCCUACUAAGGACAGCAUUUGGGCCCCUGCAGAGAUAGUGUUUGGGUGGAUCUCCACAGGACUGGGGAGUUCACUGCCUGGCGCUGGAUGCGAUCAUUGCUGGGGUGGGGGGAGAUUUAUAUUAUGUAUGGCCAUUUAGCACCUUAACUCUUUGCUUUUGCAGGUGCUCCAAGUAUCUGCAGGGUAUGUCAGAGUAGUAGGGUUUUUUAAGUUAUUUGCCAUUUUUAUCCUCAAAUGUAUCCCCCUCCCCUCCUCACAUUUGACUUAGAAAUUGGUGUAAUUCCCAGGACCAGAUUUUAUUCCCAGGGCUCAUCUGGGCCGUGUUCUAUAGAGGAUAACAAGCAAUAAUUACAUGGAUAAUUUGGUAUACAGAAGUGUGGAGGGAGGGAAGACCCUGUCUUUAACUGCUUUUCUGCCAAACAGCACGUGGUGGGUAUCCAGCAUCCCAGCACAGCUGCCUCAGACAAGGUCCAGCAGCAAGGAAGAGUGCUGGAGAGAAUUUAGAGCACAGCAUGGUGGGGUUACACCCAGAACUCCCACGUAAUCCCGGGUGGGGAUCCAUUGAGGUCUGUAGUUUAGGAACCAGGAAUGAAUGUGUCUGAAAAAAUCCAGAAUUGUUCCUGGGGGUUGUGAAAGUCUCUGUAUCCCUUUCUCCCAGCAGCUGGGAUGGGAGGUGCUCUGAGCACAGCCCUUGUCCUGUUCUGCAUUCAGGAACUUUGAGGUGACCAUCCAGAGAUGGGUUUGGAUCUGAGCUCUCCCUGCCUCCCCCCAGGUGGGUGAUGUUUGCAGCUGGGGAGCUGGUUUAGGCCCAUCUCUAAAAUAGCCCAGGACACCCCUCACUGCAGAGUCCCUGGAGAUCCUGGGUGAUGGAGGGGAAUUCCAGCAACCCUUGAGUGAUGGGGCAGGUUGCAAGGGCCAUGCAUCCAUCUGGGCGACCUCAUAAGUCUCCUCCUGGGCCCUGGGGUUGCUGUGGUGCAUGCUGGGCAGCCUCUGCCUCCCCUGGGGGGUUCUGCCUGCAGGCUUCGCUCCUUGGAACCAGGCAACAGCUGUCAGGGAACGAGGCAAGGAUGGGAGCUUCCAGAGAAAGGUGAGGAGAGAGCAGCCCCCUCCCCAAACCCAGCCCUCCUGGCUCCCCUGCCCAUCCCCCUGGCUCCAGGCCACCCCAAACCCAGCCCUUCCUCCAGUAGCCCCUGGUACUCGCAAUAGAUCUCAGCACCUUCCCCUGAGCUCCCCAGCCUCCCCAAACCACCUCAACACAUCCCUCACCCACAACAUGGCUCUCUUACCCCCUCCUCACACAUCCCCAACUCACCCCAGCAGCCCCUCAGCCUUCCACGGCUCAACCAGCUGCCACAUAACCCCCCAGACCUUCUCCCACCAUGGCUCCCCAGCCCACCACAACCCGCCCCUGGCUCCCCAGCUCACCCAAACCCCGCCCCCGGCUCCUCAGCUCACCUUCCUCCGGCUUCCCAAUCUCCCCCAGCACCUCCUACAGCCUCCCACGGCUCCUCAACAUACGUAGCCCAUCCUAGCACCUCCGCUGGCUUCCCACCACAACCCAUCCCCCACAUAAUGCUCCAGAACUUCCCCCACCUCCACAGCCCACCCAGACCCUGUCCCCAGCCUCCCAUGGCUUCCCAACCUACCUUAGCACCUCCCCUGGCUUCCCAGGACAACCCAGCUCUCACAUAAUCCACCCAGAACUUCCCCCACCUCCACAGUUCCUCAGCCCACCCUAGCUCUGCCCCCAGCCUUCCUAAUCCACCCUAGCAUCUCCCCUGGCUUCCAGCCCCCCCCAGAGCCUCCCAGCCGCUGCACCUCCCCAGUCUCCCCAAUCUACCCUGCACUUACCCCCCCUACAGCACCUCCCCCAGGCUUCACCUCCGCAGCUCCCUAGCACUCCAACCCAUCCCAGCACCUCUCCUUGGCCUCCUCUCACUCCCCAAUGCAACUCAGCUCCCACAUGACCCCCCAGAUCCUCUCCUAGCCUUCCACAGCUCCCCAAAACAUCCCACUGCCUUCCCUAGUCUCACCAACUUCUCCCAGCCUCCCAUGGCUCCCCAAAUACAUCUCCAGCCCCCCCCCCCAAACUCAGUCUAGCCUCUCCACUGUUACCCACCACUCUCUGUUACCUUCCAGCAUCCACCCAGCUCCCCGGGACCCAUCUUCCAGGUCCCCAAGCCUCCCAACUCUCCUUGACUCCCCAGGUCCCCCUCAGCCCUCCAUGGCCCUUCAUCCCUCUUUAUCUAUCCCCUCACUCCUUUGGUCCUUCACAAGGACCAGGUGUCCCCUGCACUCUCUGGGGAGGGUAGGUUGCCAGGCUGCCUCUACCCCGUACUGACUCACUGUCAGGUGAGACCAGCUAGUCGUGGGGGAGGAAGGGGACAGGGUGGGACCACACUUGGGGAGCGGGGUAUUGCAUGGAGGAGGAAAGAACUAAAACAGUAUAGUGGGGGAAGGAAACAAAAUCACUAUUUCCUCUCUGGGGGUCUUCCCGAUCUGGGUCUCCUAACAACCCCACUCCUGCCACAAAUGUCCCUGGCAGAACACCUCCAAAACCUGGCAGUUGUGUGAAGGUUGGUCCCCAUCCAGGGAGCCCUAGUAUUCAGCAAACCAGCUGAAUGCUCACCCCUGCUUUCUCUAACCCCAGGGGCAUGCUGGAGGAGCCAUUGCAUUGACAUAGGAUGGCUGUUGUGAGUACGAGGGAGGGCCCAGAGUUUGCAGGAUAUGUCCAAUUAGUGCUUAGUCUGGGAACAGGUGCAAUAUUAGUAUACCCAGGAGAAGCAGAGUGCAGAGCUGCUCAGAAGCUGUGAUCAGAGUCAACGUACAGCAGUGGGUACAGACCAGACUGCACCUGAAAUCAAAAUGGGCAAAGCCAACCAUUCUUCCCCUGACUAACCUCCACUGACCAUACCUGAGAUAAAAGCCCGGCUUGUAUUUAUGCCCCAAGUACUAUGUCUCAAAUGCCCUUCCCGGAAUGAGAAUAUAGUCUCAGUUAGUUUUCAUUGGUUGACUCCAUGUUCCAUCACUUGGCUGUACUGGUUUUUACUGGCACCUCCACAAAGGACGGGACAUGUUGGCGAGCACUGUGUGUUCACUACCAGAAGUACUAUUUUUGGCCUAGGUAGUAACUGAAAACCAGGACUUGAAGCUUGCUGAACAGGUUGCAGCAUAAUCCCAGACUGUGAGUAAUUAAUGUGACACAAAGCAAUGUAGCAGUCAAGCAGGCAAUCCGUUUAAACUAUUGAUGUAUUAUUC